AGACCCUUCCUCGUUAAACGACUUGAUGUGUCGACUCCGAACACAGUUACCGUGCAACCACCUCCCGUGAUUCUGUGCCGCCAAAAGAAAAAUAAUGCGAGUCGACAAUCGUGCUAAUCAUUAUUGAACCCAAGCUCUUAGUUCGAUUGCACCUGGGCGGCAAUACCCACUCGAUCCAAUGGCGGCUCUCAAGGGGACCGCAGGGCCGUGGAAGACGUUUGCUGUAAUUUCACUCAUCCUGAUUGUCUGUAGUGCGGAAGAGUCUUGGUUGGUCAACCGCGACACACAGACCUUGUACAAGAUACUCGGCGACAUCAAUCAAUAUAACGUGGUUGUACGACCUAGAGGAAAUCAAACUGAGCCCGAUGCAGGUCUGUUGCCAAUUACGAUGAACAUGUUUGUGCGAUCUAUUUCGGAUUUCUCUGACGACACAAUGGACUACAAAAUGCAGAUUACGCUGCGUCGAGAGUGGCGCGAUGAGCGUCUGGUCUUUGACAUGAAAAGUGGAAAGACGCACAUGACUCUGCAAAACGACCAGUUGAUUUGGAAACCGGACACUUUUUUUUCCAACGAGAUUGAAGGUCAUUUCCACGAUAUCACACAGCCGAAUGUUUUGGUUCGCGUGUUCCCUGAUGGCAGAAUCAUGCACAGUCUGAGGUUAACAAUGACGCUGGCUUGCCCCAUGGAUCUGCGAAAUUAUCCUUUCGACAGACAGAUCUGCUCCGUCGUCUUGGUGAGCUACGCACAUACCACGGAAGAUAUCAUAUACAAGUGGAGUGAAGACAACCCGCUGCAAGUUGCCAGAAAUUUGCACAUUAGAAAAUUUAAUUUGGUCGGUUUCUCCAACACUACGUGCCGUUCCCGAACCAGAACAGGAUCGUAUUCUUGCCUCAGGGCCGACUUUGCAUACGAAAGAGUACCGCACACCACGAUGAUUAAGGUCUUCAUACCCUGCGCGAUGCUCGUGCUGCUGUCCUGGAUACCGUUGUGGCUCAAUCCGAAGGCCACCUUGCUUCGGUUCCUUGUUCCGCUGCUGGUACUGCUUGCAAUGGCAAACGCUGUCAACACGCUCAACCAGCACCACAUUCCUCAGACCGGAUACGUGAAGAGUGUCGAUGUAUGGACCGGAACCUGUCUGACCUUUGUGUUCGCCAUGCUUCUGGAAGUCACCACUGUCGACUACGUGCUGAGGGUUUAUCGCAAGGACCAAGAUAAUUCACCAUUGAACACUGGUGAUGAGCUGGCUGUAUCCCAUACACUCGAGAUCGCUGACGGCAAGACCGAUGCUUCGGCGGCACCUACUCACCGGUCAACAUUCUCCAACUGGCUGAGGAGACGAAGGUCCGCCGUCGAGUGGAUCGACCUGGUCUCUCGAGCAAUUUUCCCAGCUGCAUUCGUUCUGUUCGUGAUCAUCUACCGCUGCUGUUACACAUCGCACGAGUAAUGCCAUGCUAUAAGUUUGCUUACUUACAACAUAUAUGACUCGACCUUGUCGACCUCGAGCAUUUUUGUGUUCUUCCGACAAGCUGUCUUGCACUUGAUUUGUUGAGUUUUACCACUACUAUGUCCCCUGUUUGGCCUUUGUGGUUCGGCGUGUAUUUUUAAUGUGAGCUGGGUUUUGUGUUGAUGAGCUCUUUUGGUUUAUAAACAAUGUUUCCGGUAGUGUA